AUGAGCGCAACCACAAACAAAGCAGCGUCUUCGGCAAGCAAGGCUCAAAAGGCAGCUUUGUUGGACGACGAGGGCGACCUUACGCCCAAGUUCGAGGCAGCCCUGAUCCGAGUCUUUGCGCGCUUCUCAGCAUCGUACAAGAAGCGGCAUCCGGAUGUACACGCUUCGGAGAGCAAGUCAUCCGCAUCGCUACCUCGGCCGGACGCUGCUGAUGUGCUGACAGAAGCGGACUUGGACGCCUUCUCGACCGUGACCAAUGGUGCCACGUUACCUCAAGAGUCCAAGAACGAGAUCCGAGAGUUUCUGGAUACGGACGAGGAGGGCAAUCUGACACUACGCGGAUUCAUCGAGAUGUACCACCUGCAGAGCGACAACGAGCCAGAAGAAACGUGGAAGGACUUGGGCAAGCUUGGGUUUGACGACAGCCUCGGAUACAACGGCGAGCAAGCGGAGCAACCCGAGACAAAGGAAGCUGAAGCGUCGAUUAGCAAAGAGGCAGCAGAGAGCAGAGACAAGUUGUAUCAAGGCGAUGACUGA